AUGCCUCAAUUUGCAAAUUUUGUGAAAGGAAUUCUAGAUCAUAAUCAUAAUGAUAAGGAAUUAGAAAAUGUAGUAGUAAAGGAGAAAAUCUCUAAUAUUUUACAUAAAAGCUUACCAACUAAGUUGCAUGACCCUGGUAGUUUUACUAUUCCUUGCAAGAUAAACGAAACAUCUUUUGAUAGGGACUUGUGUGAUUUAGGUGCUAGUGUUAAUUUAAUGCCUUCUUCUUUGUAUGAAAAAUUAGGUUUGAAAAAACUUAAACCCUCCCCCAUAUCUCUUCAAAUGGCUGAUAGAACUGUUAGACUCCCUAAAGGUGUAGUUGAAGAUGUAUUAGUUGGGAUUGGUGAACUUGUUUUUCCUGUCGACUUUGUUGUAGUGGAUAUGAAAGAAGACCUAAAGAUCCCACUUAUCUUUGGUCGUCCUUUUCUUUCUACAAGUCAAGCUUUAAUAGAUGUUCCUAAAGGACAAGUGAGCAUAAGAGCUCAGGAUAAACAAGUUGUGUUUAAGCUUUUUAAUGACCACAAUUUUACUCUUGAUGGUGGUAAUUGUUUGAGAAUUGAUUCUACUAACCCUUUGGUUGAUAAGUGUGUCUCUAAUAGAAAUCCUGUGAGAAAAAAGGACAAUAUUCCACCACAUGAUGGAUUUAGUUACAUGAAGGUCAAUUCAGAUACAAGGCUCAUCAAAUCUAAUUUGAAAGAGUCAUUUGGAGGUGUAUAUAUUAAUGAACAGUACCAUGGAGUAUCUUCCGUGUGUGGUGACCCAGGUUGA